GACAAAACACCCUGCAUGUAGCUUGUAGCUUGUAGCUGCAGCGAGAAGCGACUUUUCUGGGUUUGCUGGCUACGAGAUUGAAACGAUAAUGCUGAGUUUGCUGACGACUCCGUGAGUAGCAACAUGACGAUGUGACAACCAGUCGUGUCUGGGUGGUGUCGUGGAGCAGUGCACGCCCCUGGAGCAGCAGCAGGUGGAGGAGGAGGCCAAUGCGGAGGGUCUGAUCUCUGUUGUCGGCGACUGUCGGUGUCCGGGAUGGAGACCUGGACCCCCAAUCCCAGAGCCAAGCCGUUCAUCCCUCGCCAGCAAAGAAGCUUGUACCUCACCUGGAAAUACAAACUAACCAACAAGAGGACGAUUCGUCGGUUCUGUCAGGCUGGCGCUGUGCUGUUUCUGUUGAUAACUGUGAUCGUCAACAUCAAACUCAUCUUGGACACGAGAAGAGUAGCUGAUGAAGAUGCAGCGGCUCAAGCAUAUGAGGACACGAUACCCAACAUGGAGACCCCACGCAGGCCGGCUAAGGGACGCAAGAUCCUGGACAUUGAGGUGUACUCCAGCCGCUCCAAGGUCUACGUGGCUGUGGACGGCACCACUGUGUUGGAGGAUGAUAUGCCAGAGCAGGGCAGAGGCAUCCAUGUGAUAGUUCUCAACCAGGCAACUGGUCAUGUGAUGGCCAAGAGGAUAUUCGACACCUACUCUCCCCACGAGGACGAUGCCAUGAUCCUCUUACUCAACAUGGUGACCCGGGGUCGAGUCCUCAUCUUUACCAUAAAGGAUGAGGGCACCUUCCACCUGAAGGAGGCUGCGAAGAACCUGUUGAAGAGUCUCGGCAGCCAGGUGUCCCUCAACCUCAGCUGGAGGGACAUGUGGACUCUGGUGGUGAAGAAAGGAGGCCAGGUGUAUGGAGAAAGGCACUCUAAGUCUCCAGCUCUGUCCACCUGGGGAGACCCGGUGUUGCUGAAGACUGAGGUGCAGCUCACCGCCUCUGAAGAGGCAGAGUGCCACUGGGCAGCCACUGAGCUCAACAAGAGGAGGAAGCUCUUCUGCAGCAAAGUGGAAGGGUACGGCAGCAUCUGCAGCUGCAAAGACCCGGCGCCCAUCGAGUUCAACCCUGACCCUAUUCCCAACAAUAACAUCUUGAAUGUCCCAGUGGCCAUCAUCGCAGGGAACAGACCCAACUAUCUCUACAGGAUGCUGAGGUCUCUUCUCUCAGCUCACGGCGUCAACCCGCAGAUGAUCACUGUCUUCAUCGAUGGAUAUUACGAGGAGCCGAUGGAUGUCGUAGAGCUGUUUGGACUGAAGGGAGUUCAGCACACGCCCAUCAGCAUCAAGAAUGCCAGAGUGUCCCAGCACUACAAGGCGAGUCUGACUGCAACCUUCAACCUUCACCCAGAGGCCAACUUUGCUAUUGUCCUUGAAGAAGACUUGGAUAUCUCCAUCGACUUCUUCAGUUUUCUCAGUCAGACCCUCCACCUGUUGGACGAGGACGACAGCCUCUACUGUAUUUCCGCCUGGAACGACCAGGGCUAUGAGCACACAGCAGAGGACCCGGCCCUGCUGUACAGAGUGGAGAGUAUGCCCGGGCUGGGCUGGGUGCUGAAGAAGAGCAUCUACAAGGACGAACUGGAGCCAAAGUGGCCGACGCCCGAGAAGCUGUGGGACUGGGACAUGUGGAUGCGGAUGCCGGAGCAGAGGAAAGGCCGAGAGUGCAUCAUCCCCGACGUGUCCCGCUCGUACCAUUUCGGCAUCGUCGGCCUCAACAUGAACGGCUAUUUUCAUGAGGUAUAUUUUAAGAAACACCGGUUCAACACCGUUCCCAAUGUGCAGCUGAGGAAUGUUGACAGUUUAAAGCAAGCUGCUUAUGAGGUGGAGAUCCAAAACCUGUUGAAGUUAGCGGAAGUACUGGACCACACAAAGAAUCCGUGUGAGGAUUCGUUCCUGCCAGACUCCGAGGGGAAGACCUACAUCAUGUAUAUUCAGAUGGAGACGGAGACAGACACAUCCACCUGGACGGAGCUCUCCAAGUGCCUCCAUGUUUGGGACCUGGAUGUCCGGGGAUACCACCGAGGCCUGUGGCGGCUCUUCAGAAAAAGGAACCAUGUCCUUGUGGUGGCCGUGCCGAUCUCCCCAUACUCUGUGACGAAACCAGCCAGUGUCACUCCCAUUCACUUGGAGCCUCCGCCCAAAGAAGAGGGAGCACCGGUGGAGCAGAUGUAGCCCUGAUGUUACAGUCUUCAACCAGCCCGGGCCUUAACUCUCCUCCUCCUCCUCCUCCUCCUCUCGUCACCAACAACCAUUAGUAAUCCAGUCUGCGAUCCAUAAACACAGAACGCUUUUUUGACUUUUCCUAGAUGUGUGCGAAAGGAUAUCUAAGAAAUGGAGUCCUUUGUUAAAAGUUGACUCCUUUCUUAUUUCCAAACAAAAGGGUGAAUAACACCACAAAAUGCACGACUUCAUCCGUCCAACAGCUUUCAGAGGAGCGAUGAUGCUCAACCCAGUUUUGUUUAAGCGUGACUGACCAACUGGACCGGUACAUGACUAACAGCUGUCUUUUUCUGUUUCCGUGACAACUGUGGGCCGUAAAUGUAAUUCAACCUGUGACUUGUAAACGAGAACUGUACACAUGACACAAACACACUUGCGCCACAAGUUCGCCAGUUUUCGCUUCGGUUUGAUGUGUUUUUAAAUUACUGAGUGCUUUGUUUUGUACAUAUAUUUUAACUUAUCUCUAUUUAUUUUACAUCUAUCAAUCGAAAAGAAGUUCAAUGGUUUUAUGGCUUUUCUUUCUUCUUUUUUAGGUCAAAUUUGAUUGAGAUCAGUGCAUUUUUAAGAGCCUAACAUUUACAGCUUAUGAAAUAAAAAUGUACAUAGAUACCUAUAUAUUUUUUGAUGAAAAAUGUAAAGGGUCAGCAUAUUUUUCAGCGUUAGACAUUGACUUUGAGUUAGAGUUGAUGACAGCCCUGUGGGUUUUUACUAUUAUUGACUGCAUGGGUCAGUUGCCUCGGAUCAGGUUUCAUGAGGGAAACUCAGUCGUGGCUGAAAGAGACAAAAGUCUGAAGAUAUUUACACAUUUAGCAACAUACUCUCCAAUUAUAAACGAUGUAAUACAUUAUGCUUACUCGAUUGUCCCACACCUUUUUCUAAUCAGAUAUUUUAUAUCUUUGAUCAAAUAAGACGGUCCCUGAAACAAAUUUUUUAAAUAAUCUUUUGACUACAUACAGAUGCUUUUUGACCUUUUUGCAAUGUACGUUUUGGCCUCAGCCACCUUCACUCGUGGUUGCUGCUAUUGUGUUAUGGUCAUUAUUUAAACUUAAAUAUCUUUCAAAGUAACAAGCAGUUUUUUGGGUGGUUAUCUCAAUGUAACAUCUCUUUUUAUGAGAGAAAUGGAUUCUGUGGUUCUCACGUUGCAUUUUAAAACCGUUUUUACAGUAGAUAAUUACUUAAACUAUUUGUAACUCGAUAAUUAUUAGAUACUAAGUCAUAGUUGCAAUAUAUUCUGUACAAUUUAGAUCAAGCAACAAAUUAAGUCGUCAUUUACCUUUUACUCCGCCGCAGUUUAUCAAAAAGGAAUUGAUGGUCAGGAACGCCAAUACAUCCAAACACUAAGAGGUUUAUUAACACUUAAUAAAUGGUUCAAAACACUGUAAAGUAGCUAGAAACUAAAAUGAAAUUUUGAAGCAUGUUUAUGAAGCAGCCGUACCUGGUGUAAAACAUAGUGAACCCUUGAGAGUACCAUAUGGAGAUAUAUAUAUAUAAAAUAAAUAAAGUGAGGUCAGAUGCUUCAUUGAGAAUUUACAGCUGUUGACAUUUUUUUGCAAUAUAGGGUUUUAGAGAUAUUUAGCAAUUGCUGAUAUAUAACUUAAAGCUACUGUUUAGGGGAUUACAAAAAUCAGCAUUUAUAAGACACCCAACAUUUCAACUGAAAUUGAUUUUAAGUGUGCGCAGAAUUUUAAUACACCUGCUUCACCUCGGAUUCAAAGUGAUUUCCAUCUGACGCAACACUGUACCGACUACAUGAAUGAGGAUGAAUCACGUUUCAAUGCAUCGAUCAGUAUUUGCAGAGCAGUUUGAUUUUAAUGUGAUUAAUUGCUGUGCUGAGAAACCACAUAUUUACUAUCUGUAGUCGGACGAUCCUGUCGGGCAUAACCACUUAUUCAGCAGUAUUACAGCCUGCGUCAUGACUGAAUUAAUGUCCCUUUGUGGCCUGGAAAUGUCAGUUUGUUUUAAGAAUCUGAAGAAGUAGAAUAUGCCUAUCUUUAUAAAGCUGCUUUUUCAUUAGGUCUUUUCAUUCAACCAUAUUAUUUUGGUAGUAUGUGUGCAUUUGUGUUUAACUAAAUCAUCGUCUCCUCAGCAAUAUGGUUGAUUUGUGUGUGUGUGAUGCUGUGAGAUAAUUUUGAAAAUAGUGACGUGUGCAUGCUGAGGAUCCAUGGACGUACUGUACAUUUCCGGUGCAGUUUGACAUGUAUGAGAUCUUUUAUCAUGGAGAUGAAUAAAGAUGUUGUUUUUUA